CAGACUCGCCUUUUUAAUAAACAAUAAUUUCUCUCACUCGAGUAAGGAGGACAGAGGAUUUCAAAUGUCAAGACGGAUGCAAGUGAGCAAAUUCCUACUGGGUCAGAUAUCUGCCAAAUUGUGGUGCAGGAAUUUGCUACAUCAACCUGUACGUUCCAUGGGUAGCAAGAGUGCCCUGUUUCCUGCCAUGGCCAAUGCAGCGGACUCUCAGCAAUAGGCGGUUCUGGAAGAACUGAAGAUGCCCUUCUCUCGUGCAAUGAUUGGAAACUUUUUCCAGGAAAGACCAAAAUUGGGGAACCAGUUUCUUGAGGAUGCCAUGCUCCAAAGCUAUCUGAAGAGGCAUCUUCCUCCAGUGGUGUUGGAGGAAGUUAGUCAAGAUCUUGAUCGUUUUAGCCAACGUUUAGUGAAGGAAAUUGAUGCAUUGGGACGUGAUUGUGAACUGAAUCCCCCAAAGCUGCAGCAGUAUGAUGCUUGGGGUCGAAGGGUGGAUGAUAUUGUUACUUGUUCGGCCUGGAAAAGAAUGAAAAAUAUCUCGGCGGAAGAAGGCCUUAUAGCUGAAGCCUAUGAAAGAAAAUACUCCAGCUGGAGUCGCCUCAUUCAAGUUGUCAAACUCUAUCUGUAUUUUCCAUCCUCUGGUUUCUUCACCUGCCCACUAGCUAUGACAGAUGGAGCAGCAAAGGUCAUAGAGUCUCUUGGGAUCCCAACCCCUCUACAGAAGGCCUUUAGAAAUUUGACAUCUCGCAACCCCAAUCAUUUCUGGACGUCGGGGCAAUGGAUGACAGAGCGCAGAGGUGGAUCAGAUGUGGCAGAUGGAACAGAGACGGUGGCACGCCUACAGGAAGAUGGCACACAUACUCUACAUGGGUAUAAGUGGUUCACAUCAGCUACUGAUUCAGAUAUGACUUUGACUUUAGGCAGAACUAUCGAUGAGCAUGGUAACACGGUGCAGGGCACUAGAGGGCUGUCUCUUUUUUAUCUGGAGCUCCGUGAUGCUGAGGGUAAACUGAAUGGAAUAGAGGUUCAAAGGCUUAAAGAUAAGCUGGGUACUCGACAAGUACCAACAGCCGAGCUGCUUUUGGAUGGGGCGAAGUCUUUAAUGAUUUCCCCAGAAGGAAGGGGUGUCGCUUCAAUUUCCAACAUGUUGACUAUUACCCGCAUACACAAUACGAUUGCUGCAGCAGGUGGCAUGAGGAGGGUGAUUAAUCUAGGAAGGGAGUAUGCAGCCAAGCGAUUUGCAUUUGGAAAACUGUUAAAGGACCACCCCCUACACAUACAGACUAUAGCACGCAUGGAGGUGGAAGCUCGAGGGGCUUUUCUCCUACUGAUGGAAACUGCUCGUUUGUUGGGUCUGGAAGAAACAAAUCUGGCAACAGAGCAGGAUCAGCAUCUCCUUCGUCUGCUUACACCUGUUGCCAAACUGUUCACCGCGAAGCAGGCUCUUGCAGUCGUUUCAGAAGGACUUGAGAGCUUCGGUGGACAGGGCUACAUGGAAGACACAGGCCUGCCUGCAUUACUAAGAGAUGCUCAGGUAUUGACCAUCUGGGAAGGUACCACCAACAUCUUGUCCCUAGAUGUCUUGCGCUCUGUCAUUAAGAGUCAAGGACAAGUUUUGACUGCCUUCUUCUCUGCCACAGAAGAUAAGCUACAAGCCGCAUUAGAAGUACCUGACCUUACCAAGUCUGCAAACGUCACCCUGCAGGCACUACAGCAACUUAAAGAAUUUACAAAGAAUGCAGGACUGAAAGGAGGUAGCUACAUGGAGCUAUCUGCCCGAGACUUUUCUUACAGUCUCGCAAAGAUCUACAUUGGUUCACUGAUGUUGGAACAUGCUGCUUGGCCGGGAGCAUCUGAUACAGAUAAAUACUGUGCACAAAGAUGGAGUCAACAGGAUCUGUGCCCUGUCUAUAAAGCUGAAGCCUCAGGAAGCUACAACUCUGAAGCCCAAGUGCUGGAUAAACAGCUGGUAUAUGAAAGAAGCCCUCUUACUAAAGGAAAGUUAUAGGAUUGCCAGUGGGUUAUUGUGAUAGAAUGUAUCUUGGUUCCAAGGCUCAAGCUUAUAGGUGUCAUAUAAUGAUAUCCUAUAUUAAAAUUGGCUAACUUGGAAUUAGGAAAUUCUUGAUGCUUGAACAACAUACUCUACUAGAGCCCCCGCCUAAGAUGUCUCUACUCUAAUCUUUUUGUUCUCUCUUACCUUGAAACUUAUUUGUUAUGUGUACAUGACGCUCAUCCCUAUGUAUUAUCUGUACUCCCUUGCUAUUUUUGUUCUAAGAGUAUUUGCACGUAAGCACUUACUUUUUAACCCCUUAAGGACCAAACUUUUGGAAUAAAAGGGAAUCAUGAUAUGUCACACAUGUCAUGUGUCCUUAAGGGGUUAAUGUAUAAAACCCAGCUGAUGAAUAAAAUGUCAGAGGCUUAUUUUGAAUACCAACAGGGGACUGGUGUCUAAUUCUCGCUUCUCCAAGUGCACUUGUAACAACAAUUUGGGCUUCCUCUGAAUAUAACAGAUCAUUAUUUGGAUCCACAACAGUUCCUUUCCAUGUUUAGCAUCCUAAUAAGUACAGAUGAGGCAAACUCUUUUUUUUUACGAUUUUCUUGGCAAUUCACUUGGGUUUUAUUUCCUAAAACAGGAAUAGCUAAUUGCAAAGGAAAAUGCAUUUUCGACUAAUACCUCAGGUAGAAAAACAGCUGUAUUAGAGAAAUUUUCUGUUUUUCUUCUUGGGCAUAAAAUGUGCAAUGUAGUUAAUAAACCCCAUGUGUAUUUGAACCACGUUAUCAUAAUGUUUUAUCACUGUGAAAUUAGUCCAAUUAGCCAUACCAUGUGCCUUAAAAUUGAAUGUAAUUAUAGUGUAGUAUAGUAUAAAUUAUAUUAACCCUCACUUGGGUUAUUUAAAGA